AUGUCUCCCGAAAUACAUGAAUCCGCCCCGUCAGAGACCUCCCCACUCCUGCGGCAGCCCUCAACAUCCUCUCUCUCCAGCAAAUCCUCCCAGACAACCAUCUCAGAUGCUCCCAAUGUCGUCGAAAACACCAAAAUUUCCAUAUCGCGCGGCGUAGUCAUCACCGCCUCGCUUGGCUUGAUCAUCUUUUUGCAGGCAUUUGCACCAACUGUAAAAUGGUUCCUCUUCGGGCGUGCUCUGACAGGUCUGGGCGGUGCGGGGAUUCUUUCGCUUACCAUCAUCAUCGUACUGCAAGUCGGCGGAGAGAAGAAGCGUGGCCUGUUCCUCGGUUGCGUCAACUCAAUUAUCACGACCGGCGUCUCACUUGGUGCCGUAUUGGGCGGGGCGAUCGAGCCAAAUCUUGGUUGGAGGGCCGUCUUCUGGAUGCAAACUCCCCCGAGCAUUCUGGCAGGCAUAGUCGUGUUCCUCAGCAUCCCAUCCCACCUGGGGGCCAGCAAGGGAGAUACCCGGACGCUUAAGGAAAAGGUCUCCCAAAUCGACUAUGCCGGAGCUGCUCUGCUGACUGCCGCCAUCACCACUCUGCUCAUCUCGCUGUCCGGACCUAAGGUUCUCAUCCUUCCGCUCGUUCUUGCGUUCCUCCUGUUCCCCUCCUUCAUCAUCACUGAGCUCUACUUUGCCCGGGACCCCAUCGUCCCCAUAACCCUCCUCAAAUCCCGCGGCACUGCCUUCACCUGCCUCGCAACCCUCGGCUUCAUGAUGUCACGCUGGUCCGUCCUCUUCUACACGCCCGUCUACGCCCUGGGCGUGCGCCUCUGGGCCCCCGCCGCCGCCGGCUCCAUCCUGAUCCCCACCAACCUCGGCUUCGGCACGGGCGGCGUGCUCGCGGGACUUCUGCACAUCCGGCGUGCGGGCUCCUUCUACCUGCCGACGCUGGUGACCAUGUCGCUCUUCCCGCUGACACUGCUCCUGCUCGGCCUGGCCAGCCGCGCGACCACGCCGGCGCCGCUGUACGUGCUGCUCACCUUCCUCAACGGCCUCACCACCGGCGCCGCCAUCAACUACGCCCUCGUCCACGCCCUGCACCUCACCCCAAAACCAACCCACUUCGUCCUCACCUCGCUCGUCGCCACCUUCCGCGGCUUCGCCGGCUCCUUCGGCUCCGCCAUCGGCGGCGGCGUCUUCGCCCGCCUGCUCGCCGACGCCCUCGCCCGCGGCUUCGCGCGCCGCGGCGUGAUUGAGAACAAGACCGAGCUCAUCCGCCGCCUGCUCGGCAGCCCCGCCCUGGUCGCCCGCCUGAGCGGCGUCGACCAGGCCGUCGCCAUCGAGGGCUACGAGUACGCCCUGAGGGGCUUGUUCUUGGCCGCCGUCGGCUUGUCCAUCGUGACGGUUGUCGUGCAGGCAGGGACGGGCUGGCGUGGUUACGGUGAAAGGCAUGAUGAAGAGACUGAGGAGGAGAGGAGGCGGGAGAGGGAAGAGGAAGAGGUCGGGGAGACGACUGCGGCGUAG